CAAAGAGGGCAAACACCGUCACCCGCCCGUCAAGACAGAGAGAGAUAGCCACCGUUUGCUCCCGAACCUUCGACUAGAUUCUCUACUGUAGUAUGUGAAAGAGAGGGAGGAGAAGAAGAGGACGUCGAUAGAGAAAGAAACCCUUUUGAUUAAAUUGAGGAGACGUGAAGAAACGAAAAAGAGAAGAAGGAGGAGGAGGAGGAGAGAUGGGUGUGGAUUACUACAAAGUUCUACAGGUUGAUAGAAGCGCCAGCGACGAUGACCUUAAGAAAGCCUACAGGAAACUCGCUAUGAAGUGGCAUCCCGACAAGAACCCUACCAACAAAAAAGAGGCCGAGGCUAAGUUCAAGCAGAUCUCUGAAGCCUACGAUGUUCUUAGCGAUCCUCAGAAGAGAGCUGUAUUCGAUCAAUACGGCGAGGAAGGGUUAAAAGGGAACGUGCCACCUCCCAACGCUGCUGGUGGAUUUUCCUACUUCUCAUCAGGAGAUGGGCCUUCGUCUUUCAGGUUCAACCCGAGAAGCGCGGAUGAUAUAUUCGCUGAGUUUUUCGGUUUCUCUACUCCCUUUGGUGGAGGGAGCGCUGGUGGCAGCCCGUUUGGUGGAGGAGGAGGCCUUGGCGGCAGCGGAGCAGGGCAGAGGUUCGCCAGCCGCAUCUUUGGUGAUGAUAUGUAUGGCAGCUCGUUCGGUGAAGGAGGACACCCUCCUCAUCAUCAUCAUCAUCACGGUGCAGCUAGGAAAGUGGCUCCUAUCGAAAACAAGCUUCCUUGUAGCCUUGAAGAUCUCUACAAAGGAACCACCAAGAAGAUGAAGAUCUCCAGAGAGAUUGCAGAUGUCAGCGGAAGAACAACGCAAACAGAAGAGAUUCUAACGAUCGGAGUGAAACCUGGAUGGAAGAAAGGCACGAAGAUCACUUUCCCCGAGAAAGGCAACGAGCAUCCCGGGGUGAUUCCAGCUGAUCUCGUCUUCAUCAUCGACGAGAAGCCACAUCCGGUGUUCACACGUGACGGCAACGACUUGAUUGUCACACAGAAGAUCUCGCUAACCGAAGCCUUAACAGGCUACACCGUCAACAUAACGACCCUUGAUGGUCGGACACUUACAAUCCCCAUCACAAACGUGAUCCAUCCAGAGUACGAAGAAGUGGUGCCUAAAGAAGGAAUGCCACUUCAGAAAGAUCAGACAAAGAAAGGGAACUUGAGGAUCAAGUUCAACAUCAAGUUUCCAGCUAGGUUAACCGCAGAACAGAAGGCUGGUUUCAAGAAGCUUCUUGGUUGAAUGAAUAUCAUCAUUACCGCGUUUGCUUUUGUCUUGUUAUGUUUGUGCUGGUAAUAUACGUUUUACAGAAAAAAUUCACGCAAUUCUUUAAAGAUUUUGGUACAAAAACUGAAGUUGU